GCGGCAUUACAUGUACCCCAGAGUCACUGUUAGAUGCAGAUCGUUCCUACAUACGUCCGUCUCCAUGCAUUGUAGAUAAUACGCGAUUUGCUAGAUCAAGUGGUGAAUGUUGUGUAAGAUCUAUGACGUUGGACCCUUCCAUGGUUCGCGACCCUAGUUCCUCCGCGUAUCAACAUCUAAUCGAUGCACGCCUCUCAACCUACUCUUGUGCAAAUCUUCAGCCAUGUCGACAGUACAACAAGACGAAGCGCCGCCCGCUAUACGAUUCAAGCGCCGCAAGAUCGCGCAUCCGAAGCGCGUCUUUGCCGAAGACGACGCGCCUACUGUCUCCGCCUCACAUUUGCCCGAUGCUGCGACUCUGGACGAUGCGCAACCGCCGCCGAAAGAAACCAACGACGAAGAAGAGUCGGUUCCGAACUUAAAGGAAAUAUUGCGCAACCGAAAGCGCCCACGAGAUCGCCUGAAGGAAACCGUACGCAAAGUAGAACCAUCGCGGACUGAUUCGGUGCAAGUAGAAGCACCCCGGCCAGACCAGUAUACGAGUCGCUUCGUCGCGCAAACGGGGCAGGUCGUAGAUCGCGAUGACAGGCAGAUGUCGGAAUAUGUAGAAGCUCGCAUGGCUGAAAAGAACUAUCGCCAAUACGGCUGGCCCAUACCAAGUCAUCUCCAGGCUUCUGUAGUAGCCAUCGCACCAGACCUGCAACAUACCUUUGCUUCGAGCGCAGCGGCGCAUGGCACGUCCGCUAGCACUGGCAGUCCAGCGGAUAACGAGCACAGCAACCGAUUGGCGGCAGGCCAGGGCAAGCUUGAGGAAGUAGAUCUGGGCCCAGAAGCUGCUGCACGCACGGAACAAGCCUGGAAACGAUGGGACAAGGGCGAGCCUGAGCCGCCAGCAAGCAAAGCACGGCGAGACAAGUACGGCUACGCGUGGCGCAAGCCCAAAGCCAACGGGAAGACGGACGAAGAUAAACGACGCGACCAAAUGGUGGAGGCAGUGCUCCGAGAAGCUAAACUCGACUUCUUCGACUCCACCACUCCCACAAACCCCCACGUCAACCCUUCCGUCAACACCGACGACGCCCUCGUCGAGCAAUUUCGCUCCGAAUACUACGAAUCCAUGCAAGCGAGACAACAAGCUCGCAAACCAGCUGCUCCCACCGUCAAGGGUGCGCCGCCGCCCAUCACAGGCCCCAAGCUGGGUGGCAGCAAGAGCGCAAGAGCCAAGAUGCACAAAUUACAGCAAGAAGAGCUUGCAAAGAAGAAGAGGUAAUGUUUGUUGCAUGCAUCUUUGCGUCGUGCGGUAUCCCCGCAUGUCAUGUUGUCUGCAUGUUUCUUGCCUGAUUCAACAGCUGUCCUUACAUUUUUCACGAGGCUUGCUGCCUUGUUCUAAGCAUUCAUUCUUAUGCAGGAAUGGUGAUUUAACAGAUUGUGUAGCGGUGCAAUAACGAACGAUGGACGUGUGCUCGAGCGAUGGGAAUGGAGGGGCACGGAUGUUGAGAAGACGACUUGGUACAGCAAGUAAGGAAAGGAGUGUUCGAGCUGCUGUAUGUUUCUGGGUAUGUUCCCGGUACAGCAAACGCUGGCGACAUCGCUAUUCACAUGACUAGUGUCCGAGGAGGAUUCCUUGCUGCGAUUCGAAAGAUAAUAUGUUCGUGUCUUACAUACAAGCAAACAGACAUGCCCAACGCCUAGCCGUGUAUAUCUUAACCCUAAUUAUGCUGUGUCCUGAACACUUGUCCAUAGCAAUCAUAAGAAAUUAU